AGCUCGUAUUUUAGUUGUUGAGGUGACUGGUAUAAAAAGUGCUGGUGGAUUAAUUGCAGCAGUAGUCGUACUAACGCAUCAAGAUGAAGAUCUACCUCUUGUUCUUGUUUGUUGCUUUGUUCGCAACAUCUUCGAAUUGCCAGUUCUCUUGGUAUCAAUACCCUGCUUUAGGUAUGCAAGCCCCUCCAGUAGGACCUCCAGUAGGACCACCCGGGCAGUUAAACAUUCAACAAACUUACGAAAACUACAACAACAACCCAGGAAACCCCGGGAACCAGUACCCUGGUUUCUCAAGAGAUCCUUUCUACAAUCCGAAUUUCCAAAAAGAUCCGUCAGUUCCUGAAAAGAAAACAUACAAGAAUUACAACAUGGAAGCUAACUACCAUGUGAACUCCAAUGAUGACCCGAGUCUGAUCAAGAAACCGUUCAAAUCGUAUCAGGCGAGUGUUACAGUCUCUCAUUUUAAGAACGAAAAAACUUAUUCGUAUGGGGAUAAUUAGUAUAGAUUUAGAAAUAAGGACUGAAUAGUUACUGAAGGGAAGUUUAAUGAUAUUCAGUGUUGAUUUGUUGUUUUUACUUGAUAUAAUUUGUAAUUUGAUUUGUAAUAAACUGAAACAUUUAUCUGA